CGCGCUCCCGUCCCCGCCCCGGCGGGUCAGAGCCGGUGCCGGGCGCCCAGGGGUUGCGGCGCCGGGCGGGAGGGCCGCGCCUGAGCGGGCGGCGGGGUGGCGGGGUUCCUGCGCGCGGCCCGCCAUGGAGGUGGAGGAGGCGUUCCAGGCGGUGGGGGAGAUGGGCAUCUACCAGAUGUACUUGUGCUUCCUGCUGGCCGUGCUGCUGCAGCUCUACGUUGCCACGGAGGCCAUCCUCAUUGCACUGGUUGGGGCCACGCCAUCAUACCACUGGGACCUGGCAGAGCUCCUGCCAAAUCAGAGCCACGGUAACCAGUCAGCUGGUGAAGACCAGGCCUUUGGGGACUGGCUCCUGACAGCCAACGGCAGUGAGAUCCAUAAGCAUGUGCAUUUCAGCAGCAGCUUCACCUCCAUUGCCUCAGAGUGGUUUUUAAUUGCCAACAGAUCCUACAAAGUCAGUGCAGCAAGCUCUUUUUUCUUCAGUGGUGUAUUUGUUGGAGUUAUCUCUUUUGGUCAGCUUUCAGAUCGCUUCGGAAGGAAAAAAGUCUAUCUCACAGGUUUUGCUCUUGACAUCUUAUUUGCAAUUGCAAAUGGAUUUUCCCCCUCAUAUGAGUUCUUUGCAAUAACUCGCUUCCUGGUGGGCAUGAUGAAUGGAGGGAUGUCGCUGGUGGCCUUUGUCUUGCUUAAUGAAUGUGUGGGCACCGCCUACUGGGCACUUGCAGGAUCGAUUGGCGGCCUCUUCUUUGCAGUUGGCAUUGCCCAAUAUGCCCUGUUAGGAUACUUCAUCCGCUCCUGGAGGACGCUAGCCGUUCUGGUUAACCUGCAGGGAACAGUGGUCUUUCUCUUAUCUUUAUUCAUUCCUGAAUCACCUCGUUGGUUAUACUCCCAGGGUCGACUGAGUGAGGCUGAAGAGGCUCUGUACCUCAUUGCCAAGAGGAACCGCAAGCUCAAGUGCACAUUCUCACUAACACACCCCGCCAACAGGAGCUGCAGGGAGACUGGAAGUUUCCUGGAUCUGUUUCGUUACCGGGUCCUCUUAGGACACACUUUGAUCCUGAUGUUCAUCUGGUUUGUGUGCAGCUUGGUGUAUUAUGGCCUAACUCUGAGUGCGGGUGAUCUAGGUGGAAGUAUUUAUGCCAACCUGGCCCUGUCUGGCCUCAUAGAGAUUCCAUCUUACCCUCUCUGUAUCUACUUGAUUAACCAAAAAUGGUUUGGUCGGAAGCGAACAUUAUCAGCAUUUCUGUGCCUAGGAGGACUGGCUUGUCUUAUUGUAAUGUUUCUUCCAGAAAAGAAAGACACAGGUGUGUUUGCAGUGGUGAACAGCCAUUCCUUGUCCUUGCUGGGGAAGCUGACCAUCAGUGCUGCCUUUAACAUUGUUUAUAUCUACACCUCUGAACUUUACCCUACAGUCAUCAGGAAUGUUGGGCUUGGAACUUGUUCCAUGUUCUCCCGAGUUGGUGGGAUUAUUGCUCCCUUCAUCCCCUCACUGAAAUAUGUGCAAUGGUCUUUACCAUUCAUUGUCUUCGGAGCCACUGGCCUGAUCUCCGGCCUCCUGAGUUUGUUAUUGCCAGAAACCGUUAACAGUCCGCUGCUCGAAACAUUCUCCGACCUUCAGGUGUAUUCGUAUCGCAGGCUGGGAGAAGAAGCAUUAUCUUUACAGGCCUUGGACCCCCCACAGUGUGUGGACAAGGAGAGUUCUUUAGGGAGCGAGAGUGAGGAAGAGGAAGAAUUUUACGAUGCAGAUGAAGAGACUCAGAUGAUCAAGUGAAGAGCCCCAGAUUCCCCCUAAGAAGCAAAGGAUCAUCUUUUAUGCCUCUGGCUAAGGCAGGUUCUUCCAUGAAUAUUAAGAGAGUUGUAAAAAGAGAGGCUUGGCUUGAACGUACAUAGAUGGUACCCGGCGUGGACUGAUGUUUUUAGGCACAGAAGUUGGAGAAGAGAUUUCAUGAGAGACAACAUCACUGCAUUGAGAGAAUAGUUGUUAAUUUGUUUAGAAUUUAAGUUCUGCUCAGAAUCAUAACAUCUGGCCGAACAGCCCAAACCCACAUGCCAGAGUGGUAGGCUCAUUUGUUUCUAGAGGUUUCAUAAUGUCGCUUUUCCUUCAUCAUGAUCUAAAUAAAGGCAGAUAUGUAAAACUUCUCACUAUUUUGAUGGGGUAAGAUAAGCUAUCCUUAAGAUUUAAUCUUUACACCACGUUGAACAUUUGCCCCUAUCAGUUGCUACUCAGGAAUCUUCUGGUACAGGUUAACAUCAGCAUUUUAAUUUUGUGUCCAGGAAAAAGCACCCAGAGGUCAUCUAUGUGUCCCGAGACCCUCCAGCUUUUUCUCAGCUGAUGAAAUAAGAGUCCUCAGCUUGGUUCCCAGCCUGCUGGUUGACUUGGGCUCCUCAUGCCUUGAGUCCCACUGAUGAUUCAUUAGGAAAAGCCAGAUGUACCAAAGCGGUUUACUCAGAGUCAGGAGUGUAGCUCUGGCUGCCUAUCAGCUCCCUUGGAUACUACAGUGUGUGAUUUCUUCCUUUCCCACUAAUAUGCACAUCCAGAAAAAUUUCCAUCUGAGAUUCUAGUACUUCAAAAUCAUGCAUAGUAAAUGAGAAAGCCUUAAGUAGAGGGCAGUUAAACAGUGACAUGUUGAGCACCUGGAGGGAAAAAAAAAGGUGCAGUUUUUAAUAAUGGAGAAAAUGAAAUUAUCUUUGAUAAAUUUUUAUUUGUUUUGCUUUCAGUAUUGUACCAUGAGGGAUUUGGACAAUAUUUAAGAACUUGUCCUAGAUCAGCCCCUACCUGUUUAAUCAGAAUGGAAGGUUCAGUAAUUUCACAGGAAAUGUUGGUUUUUCAUUAAGUGCUACCAACUUUCAAGUGAAUGUUACAUUUGAUUUCCUAAAAUCAUGUCUUGAAAACAUGUUUUCCCAUGAAACGUGAAUACUAUCUCAAAUAGGAAUAUAAACCUAGAGUCAACAAGCUUAGGUAGCACUGAUUUAGGUCACUUUCCCAAUGAGGAAAAUUUCUGUGUUUUCAGAAUUUCCAUUUCUACUAACCUCUUGGAGAAAAAGAAAUUGAAUUAGAGGUAAAUAGAAGACGUCACUGUGGCUGCUUCUGGAAGUGCUGGAAGCAUCACCCCAAUUGACUCCAAAUACUGUCAUGUUUUCUUGCACAUUGACUUCUGGUUUCCACUGUAUCAGUAUGUACCUUUGUAAUUGUUAUUUUUAUGUCUUUUAUGCCCUUGAUUAUUAAUUGGGCUCUUCAUAAACAGAGGCCAUCUCUACUACUGUUUAUUUUUCUCUGCUGUGCCCAGAACAUUGGCCUAGACACAGUAAGACCUAGUAAAUAUUACUGUUUCUAGCCAUCAGGGAGAUUGCGGAACUCCUCCCAGUAUAACUUUUGCAAACUCCAGGCAAAUCUGACCCAAACUCCCAAAUUGUCAAAUCCUGCUUCACUUUCUCUGGAAAAUAGACACCUUCUCAACAUCAGAAUAGGAAGAGAGGAAGAACUUACAAGGACAUUUAAACGUUCUUCUUAAAUGGUGGUUGGGCAUUUAAAACACUGAACUAACAUAUACAUAAUUUUUGAUUAGUUGGUGCUUUCUUUGUAUUAUAAGAGUAAUAUAUCUCAUUACAGAAAAUUUGGAAACUAGAAAUUAAAAAAUGUAUCACCCAUACGUCCAGCAUUGAGAGAAAACCAGUGUUACGGCUUUGUUCCAUUUGAAGAUCAAUUGGAAGUGCAUCUCUCUAUUGGCACUGGGUUCGAUUGCCUCUGGCUAAUAGAGUUCAAUUAGUUCUAUCCCUGGGUUUCCUUUCUUAGCUGUGGGGUGAAAGGUAGGAGGGAGAGAUCUACAAUUUGAAUACGUGUUACUUAAUAAGACUCAGCUGGCCAUCAGUUCCUUAUGUCAGAUGUGUCAUUAAAUUUUUUUUCUAGAUGGUCCUUGAGCAAAACUUAGUAAUUACUUUUUUUUAUUUCCACUGCCUUUAUAAAAUCAAAAUUUCCUCCUUUUGAUAAUAACUGUUGAAUACUAUUGAUGUAGAGAAUGUGUACAUGUGUAUAUUUGCAUUGAUUAAAUUAUUGGAAAACUUUUCAUUGAUAGGUAAUGUAUUUUGAUUGUGCAGAUGGUUUGUAGAAAGUAUCCUUUUUUUAUUCUAUUCAAAAUUAAAUUUUUUUUCUCCUAAAAUAAAGCAAGAAAAGUAAAUGUAAGAUAUAUAAGAAACCCCAGAGUUUCCAGGGUGAAAGUUCUCAUUAGCAGCUUGUUCAAAACAUUUACAUCACACAGAUAUUUGAAAGGAACCAUGUUGAAAUUUUCUGAGUUUAUGAGUUAUAACCACAGCCCAGUAAAACCAAUACUUGUUAUUUGGCUACUUCCAAGCAAUGCAGAUAUUCUUUAGUAUUUAAAAAUGAGCAAAUAAACAAAAUGAGGCAAAUAAAUGAAGAAAAUGAGUUUCUGAGGCACUGCUUAAGUGACCAUAAAUCAGACACAUAUUUUUAUGGUGGGCAAAUUGAUGAAGAUACUUUUAGUAGGCGAUUUAUAUUCAUAACAAAUACAUAUUGAAAUAAUGUCACUACUGUAUCAGAAUUAAGAAACAGCCUCGCAUUAGGACUUCUCCAUACAAAUUCUUUAUCAUUGGUUCUUAAAUUGGAAAAGUACCUAUAAAUGAUUACAUUUUUUAACUAAAUAAAAUGCAGAUAUUUUGGCUUCUUGUGAAUUUAAUAAAGAAUCAUAAAACA